AGGGUGGGGGGUGGGGGGGAGACUGUUGAGGGAGGGGGGGGGGGGGGGACACAGAGGGAGGAAGAAGCGGCGGCGACGGCUCCUCUUUGCAGAGGGGGAAAACUCCGAGGGAUAAGAGCAGGAAUAAUGCGGUAGGCAAGGCGGGCUGCUCGCUCCCGGCUCCGGCAGCAGCGGCGGCAGCCCAAGCAGCGGCAGCAGCAGCGGCAGCACCCCCAGGCGCUGACAGCCCCACCGGCCGGCUUCCUCGCUGACCGCCGACUGUCAAUGGAGCUGGAAAACAUCGUGGCCAACACGGUCUUGCUGAAAGCCAGGGAAGGGGGCGGAGGAAAACGCAAAGGGAAGAGCAAGAAGUGGAAGGAAAUCCUGAAGUUCCCUCACAUUAGCCAGUGUGAAGACCUCCGAAGGACCAUAGAAAGAGAUUACUGCAGUUUAUGUGACAAGCAGCCAAUUGGGAGGCUGCUUUUCCGGCAGUUCUGUGAAACCAGACCUGGGCUGGAGUGUUACAUUCAGUUCCUGGACUCAGUGGCAGAAUAUGAAGUUACUCCAGAUGAAAAACUGGGAGAAAAAGGGAAGGAAAUUAUGACUAAGUACCUCACCCCAAAGUCCUCAGUUUUCAUUGCGCAAGUCAGCCAGGACCUGGUCUCCCAGGCAGAGGAGAAGCUCCUUCAGAGGCCCUGCAAAGAACUCUUUUCUGCUUGUGCGCAGUCCGUCCACGACUAUCUGAGGGGAGAGCCUUUCCACGAGUACCUGGACAGCAUGUAUUUUGAUCGCUUUCUCCAGUGGAAGUGGUUGGAACGGCAACCGGUAACCAAAAACACUUUCAGGCAGUACCGAGUACUGGGAAAAGGGGGCUUUGGGGAGGUCUGCGCCUGCCAGGUUCGGGCCACGGGCAAAAUGUACGCGUGCAAGCGCUUGGAGAAGAAGAGGAUCAAAAAGAGGAAGGGGGAGUCCAUGGCCCUCAAUGAGAAGCAGAUCCUAGAGAAGGUCAACAGUCAGUUUGUGGUCAACCUGGCCUAUGCCUACGAGACCAAGGACGCCCUGUGCUUGGUUCUGACCAUCAUGAACGGGGGCGACCUGAAGUUCCACAUCUACAACAUGGGUAACCCCGGCUUCGAUGAGGAGCGGGCCUUGUUCUACGCGGCAGAGAUCCUGUGCGGCUUGGAGGACCUGCACCGCGAGAACACCAUCUACAGAGAUUUGAAACCUGAAAACAUCCUGCUGGACGAUUAUGGCCACAUUAGGAUCUCAGACCUGGGUCUGGCCGUGAAGAUCCCCGAGGGAGACCUGAUUCGAGGCCGCGUGGGCACCGUCGGCUACAUGGCUCCGGAGGUCCUGAACAACCAGAGGUACGGCCUGAGCCCCGACUACUGGGGUCUGGGCUGCCUCAUCUACGAGAUGAUCGAGGGCCAGUCGCCAUUCCGCGGCCGCAAGGAGAAGGUGAAGAGGGAAGAGGUGGACCGCCGCGUCCUGGAGACCGAGGAGGUGUACUCCCGCAAGUUCUCCGACGAGGCCAAGUCCAUCUGCAAAAUGCUGCUCACCAAAGAUGCAAAACAGAGGCUGGGCUGCCAGGAGGAGGGGGCCGCGGAGGUUAAGAGGCACCCCUUCUUCAGGAACAUGAAUUUCAAGCGCUUAGAAGCCGGGAUGUUGGAUCCUCCCUUUGUUCCAGACCCCCGAGCCGUGUACUGCAAGGACGUGCUGGACAUCGAGCAGUUCUCCACCGUGAAGGGCGUCAACCUGGACCACACGGAUGACGACUUCUACUCCAAGUUCUCCACGGGCUCCGUGUCCAUCCCGUGGCAGAGCGAGAUGAUAGAAACAGAAUGCUUUAAGGAGCUGAACGUGUUUGGACCUAAUGGUACCCUCUCACCGGACCUGAACAGAAGUCACCCUCCAGAACCGCCAAAGAAAGGGCUGCUCCAGAGAAUCUUCAAGCGUCAGCAUCAGAACAAUUCCAAGACUUCGCCCAAUUCCAAGACGAGUUUUAACCACCACAUAAAUUCAAACCAUGUCAGUUCAAACUCCACCGGAAGCAGCUAGUUGCGGCUCUGGCCUUGACAUCCAUGGUGGGACCAGCCCAGACCCUUCUCGUUAGAAGCGGAACUUGGGAGCGGUGGGGUUUCGCUCCAGCUGGAAGCACGGGAGCCUCCAGGAGCCGGGGAAGGAGGCCAUUGACCCCCUCGACGCAGAGCCUCUGGUUUCCCCAGAGCUUUCCACUCAGGUCUGUUUCCAGAGGCGGCCCUCAAGCCAGGGUGGAUCGGAUUGGUCUCUGCCGAACAUUGCAAUAGGAAUCCAAUCGGAUGCCACAACUUGCACGUAUUUUAAUAGCGUCAUAACUAGAACUGAAUUUUGUCUUUAUUAUUUUUAAAGAAAAGUUUUGUAAAUUUCUCUAUUGUCUCAGUUUACAUUUUGUAUAUUUGUAUUUAAAUGAGAGUCAGACUUCGAGGGUGUAUAUUUUCUGUGCAGCCACUGUUAAGCCAUGUGUUGUAGACAUUUUAGAGGGGGAGGGGGGAUUUACAAAAAAAAAAUGUGACUCAAGACUUCCAGAGCCUCAAAUGAGAAAAUGUUUUUAUUAAAUGUAGAAAAUGAUUCACGUUUCACCUGGAAA